UGCAAAUUGUGGUACGAGCAAUGACUUCAUGUACGCAAAGUUGACCAAUCGGGAAAUGAAGAUCUUCCGGCGAACCGGAUUUGUCAGAUCAACCUACGGAGCUGCUCCCUCCUUCAUCAUGACCAGGUCUACGAUAAGUCUUUGAACAUCGUUAUGUUUGUUACUUCGCUAACUCAUAGGCCCACGGUGUCUCCUAAGUGACCCGCGAUGUUCUGUAUAAGGAAACGUAAACAGUGCUGAUACGACGUACCGAGAUGAGCAAUCAUUCUGAAUCUGGGUGGAAUCACGAUCAAGCUUCAACGGCUCGAUUGAUCACAAAGGCGAUCGUCGAAAGCUUAGAAGCUCACCUGGAGAGUAUCAUCAAGCGACAAAUAUACGCUGGCACACUAGAGUUGCACAUUGAUAAUCCUGAGAUCUACGUUGAUGCUAGUCUCGUUGGCAGACGUUAUGGAAAGCCUUUUGCUGAAAAAAUCCACGUCGCACCGUUGAAACUGCCGGCUUUGAGUGCUUCAUCUACGCCUAGUUUGGUGCGUUCUGACACCGAGUCGUAUUUGUCUCAAAACUUUACAAUACACCAUGAUGUGACGCCAGGUAGUCAUAUUGCAUGUCCUACCCUACCUCUGCCGACAGGAAACCCAGAAAAUGAGCUUGGAAGACCUUUUGGUGGGUUACGGUCUCGUGGUGGGACAGCUGAGUCACCCGAGGAUAAUCAAAGUCGCCAAUUGCAACGCGAUGUUCGCAAUACCCCGAAAAGACAUAAGAUCAACGAGGACAGAAGUGUGAUGAAACCUUCUACACUAGACAAGCUGGUCGCAAGCAUAUGGGAGCAAAUACACAGUAGUUUGCAGCUUGACCCUCAGGCCGUCUCAGAACAAUGGACUGAGCCACGAUUAAUUACUGCCGACUCAUCUACGGUUCUCGACCCUGGUAGUUCUAAAUUCAGCAAAGCGAACACGCUUUGCAGAAAAGUAACUCAAGCAUCUCGAUGCUGUAGGAGUCUAGAGGUGAUUGUACAAGCCCACUGGAUUUCUUGCUACGAUGAACGAGUUCGAUCAUUGGCAGAAAAAGAACCGCAUAUAAGUUUGACAAAGCACAAGGUGGCUGUUUUGAAAGAAGCUUGCGAAGAUUUUGGGUGGACAGAGAAAGACCUACGGAACAAGAUGGCCGUGUGGCGAGGCUAUCAUGAAAUCGAGCAAGCUGGAGGCUGGGUUCCACUUGUCUUCGCUGGGAUGGGCCUAUACCGAUAUUGCAAAUAUCGUGUGGACUUUAGUCCGGAAGCAUUAUUCAAGCUGGCUAUGCUGAGGCCGGCCUUUGAAGUCGCAGCUGAUACUCUUCAUCCUCAAUGGCGUGAGCUUCUCUCAAUUGUGGGACAGCCAACGGUGAGACGAUACACAGGCCAUCCUCACGACUGGGUCAUUCAAGAAGGUGGAGCUGUACCUCUUAAAGAAACAUACCUGCAGUGGGACCCCCAUUUUUCGUUUGAGCACCUUUCCGAGUCUGCGUUGGACAAAGAUAAAUGGGGAGAGUAUGAUCCAAGGUCGUUUCCCCAUCGUACAGAUGACCUCGUAAAGCGGCAACACAUAUGCGACAAUUGCGGGUCACUUCAAUCAGAAAUUCCUCAAGAGAAUUCUUGUGUAUGCUUCCCUAAUUUGUACGGAGCGAGGAGAGGUCCAGUGCCCGUACAGGUCUUUAGAACUUCAGACGGCAAAAACAAUGGCCUGAUGGCACUUUGCGGUUUUCCUCGAGGCACAGCCAUCGGCGAGUUCGUUGGCGUUGUUACUUCAGCGAUCAAAAAUCUCGAUUGCAUGCAGUCCUCCGUUGAUGACGGUCCAACUUACCAGAUAUACCAAGGUCGCAAGGGCAAUUUCACCCGCUUCAUCAACCAUUCCUGCUUGCCCAAUGCACAAUACGAACGGUUCACUUGGUUAGGUUUGCAACGAAUUGUGCUAGUCUCCAAAGGCAUUGACGCCGGACAGGAGAUCACCGUUGACUAUGGUGACGGAUACUGGCAAAAUCUUGACAAGAUUUGCCAGUGCGGCGAAAGCUGUUGUCGGUACAGGAAUCGUAGGGUGUCGACUGUGGACGAGUGAAUUUAUGAACGCAUGGAAAAAUCAAUUUCCAACCACACGUCGAAUUUUAUUAUAGAACGAAAGAAUCCCUUCAAAAGCCAAUAAGAUUUACAAUGCUUCAACUCUACACCGCUUACGUUUUGCGAUAGCUCUACUGGAGCAAGGUAGAGGCAAUGGCACAUCGACAAUUGAGGUCAAAUCUGUUGGAAUUGCGUUCACAACUUU